AUGGAGAAGAAAGUCGUACCUACCCGCGACGUGGAGAUUGAGAAAGGUGAAGUGGAGAGCUUGAACCUCGAUAGAAAAGAUAUCGAUCAAGCCGCUGCGUUCCUCGCCAACGCCGAGCAGUAUCCUCCUCUCACCCCUGAAGCCGAAAAGAAGUUGAAGCGCAAGAUUGACCGCUACAUGAUCCCCAUGUUGUUCCUCACUGCUACCCUAGGCGCCGUCGACAAAGUCGCCCAAUCAACAGCCGCAAUCUACGGCAUGCGUACCGACACCCACCUCGUCGGUCAGCAAUACAGUUGGCUCGGCUCAAUCCUCUCCCUCGGUGCCCUUGUGGGAAUGUUCCCCUCCUCCUAUCUCCUCCACCGCCUCCCAUCGGCCAAAUAUUUAUGUGGUUGCUCCAUGUUUUGGUCUGCUAUGACGUUCAUGUUGGCUGCUUGCAAGAGCUGGAGUGGGUUGAUGGCUGUGAGGUUCCUUAUGGGUGCGGCUGAGGCUAUCAUUGUUCCUGGUAUUUCGUUGUUAAUUGCGGGGUGGUACAAAAAGAGUGAGCAGCCUCCGAGGAAUGCUAUUGUCUUUGCUGCGGCGAGUUCCGUGAUCAAUGGAUUCUUGUCGUGGGCCGUGGGUCACAUCCCCGACUCUGCUCCCCUUGCGAUUUGGCAAUACCUUUUCAUCAUGGUCGGUUCUAUUUCUAUGGCGUGGAGUAUCUUUGUGUUCUUCGCCAUGCCUGAUUCUCCCAUGAACGCUUGGUUCCUCACACCAGAGGAGAAAUACCACGCCGUACAACGUCUUGCGGAGAACCAGACUGGUAUCGUCAACAAGCAGUGGAAAUGGGAUCAGGUCCGCGAAGCUAUGGUCGACAUCAAGACGUGGAUCAUCUUUUUCUUCAAUAUCGCCAUCAACAUUCCAAACGGUGGAUUGACAACUUUCUCCGGUAUUCUGAUCUCCAACCUCGGCUUCACCUCUGUUCAGUCCUCGCUGCUCUCCAUGCCCACGGGAGUCAUGUCGACCUUGGCGAGUUUCAUCUUCUCCACCAUAGCCGCAAGAUGGAUCAAUCGCCGUUGCUUGACCUGCAUCUUCGCUUGUCUUAUCCCGAUUAUGGGCACAGCCAUCGUCUACAGCUUGCCGCGCGAUAAUAUUCCCGGGCAGAUGGUCGGUCUCUACUUUCUCUACACCUAUUUCGGACCUUACGUGGUCGGUAUCUCGCUCGCUCAGGCGAAUACGGCAGGCCAUACGAAGAAGACCGUAUCCUACGCUGUCUUGUACAUUGGCUAUGCCGUGGGUAACUUGAUCGGUCCGCAGACCUUCAGAGCUUCUCAGGCUCCGGCGUACACUGGCGGUACCGUUGCCAUGCUAGUCUGUUAUUGUGUGUGCAUCAUGUUGAUGGCGGGUUAUUGGUGUGUCUGUCGUAUCCAUAACAGGAGGAAGGAGGCUGCUGCCAGCGGGUCUGUGGGCUUCAACGAGGGAGAACUUGCGGAGGGUUUCUCGGACUUGACAGACUGGGAACAGCCCAGCUUCCGGUAUAUCAGUUAA